AAGGAAAGAAUAUUUUUGGGCUAAAAGAGCCCCGUGUCUUUGCUGCCUGGUAAUUCCUGCACGCAUCUUUUCCUAUUUUGCAACGCCAUAGGCUUAGCGACUGCUGGUGAUGUUUCUGAUGCUGACAAAAGGAUCAAGGUGGCAAAGCCUGUGGUGGAGAUGGAUGGUGAUGAGAUGACCCGUAUUAUCUGGCAGUUCAUCAAGGAGAAGCUCAUCCUGCCCCACGUGGACAUCCAGCUAAAGUAUUUUGACCUCGGGCUCCCAAACCGUGACCAGACCGAUGACCAGGUCACCAUUGACUCUGCAUUGGCCACCCAGAAGUACAGUGUGGCUGUCAAGUGUGCCACCAUCACCCCUGAUGAGGCCCGUGUGGAAGAGUUCAAGCUGAAGAAGAUGUGGAAAAGUCCCAAUGGAACUAUCCGGAACAUCCUGGGGGGGACUGUCUUCCGGGAGCCCAUCAUCUGCAAAAACAUCCCACGCCUCGUCCCUGGCUGGACCAAGCCCAUCACCAUUGGCAGGCACGCCCAUGGCGACCAGUACAAGGCCACAGACUUUGUGGCAGACCGGGCUGGCACGUUCAAAAUGGUCUUCACCCCGAAAGAUGGCAGCGGUGUCAAGGAGUGGGAAGUGUACAACUUCCCCGCAGGCGGUGUGGGCAUGGGCAUGUACAACACCGAUGAGUCCAUCUCGGGUUUCGCGCACAGCUGCUUCCAGUAUGCCAUCCAGAAGAAAUGGCCGCUGUACAUGAGCACCAAGAACACCAUACUGAAAGCCUACGAUGGGCGUUUCAAGGACAUCUUCCAGGAGAUCUUUGACAAGCACUAUAAGACCGACUUCGACAAGAAUAAGAUCUGGUAUGAGCACCGGCUCAUUGAUGACAUGGUGGCUCAGGUCCUCAAGUCUUCGGGCGGCUUUGUGUGGGCCUGCAAGAACUAUGACGGAGAUGUGCAGUCAGACAUCCUGGCCCAGGGCUUUGGCUCUCUUGGCCUGAUGACGUCUGUCCUGGUCUGCCCUGAUGGGAAGACGAUUGAGGCUGAGGCUGCUCAUGGGACCGUCACCCGCCACUAUCGGGAGCACCAGAAGGGCCGGCCCACCAGCACCAACCCCAUCGCCAGCAUCUUUGCCUGGACACGUGGCCUGGAGCACCGAGGGAAACUGGAUGGGAACCAGGACCUCAUCAGGUUUGCCCAGACGCUGGAGAAGGUGUGCGUGGAGACGGUGGAGAGCGGAGCCAUGACCAAGGACCUGGCGGGCUGCAUUCAUGGCCUCAGCAAUGUGAAGCUGAACGAGCACUUCCUGAACACCACGGACUUCCUCGACACCAUCAAGAGCAACCUGGACAGAGCCCUGGGCAGGCAGUAGAGGGAGGCGCCACCCAUGGCUGCAGUGGGCCAGGGCCGAGCCGGCGGGUCCUCCUGAGCACGGCAGAGGGUGAGCCUCACAGCCCCUCUCUGGAGGCCUUUCUAGGGGAUUUUUUUGUAAGCGAGAUGUUUUUAAAAGCAUAUGUGUGUUUCCCCUCCUGGUGACGUGAGGCAGGAGCAGUGUGUUUUACCUCAGCCAGUCAGUAUGUUUUGCAUACUGUAAUUUAUAUUGCCCUUGGAACACAUGGUGCCAUAUUUAGCUACUAAAAAGCUCUUCACAAAA